CUUUACGACUGUUACUGAUGGUCAGACAAGUGUUGAGAUCAAUGUGCUACAGGGUGAGAGGGAGUUUGCUAGAGAUAACAAGUCUCUUGGCAGUUUCGUUCUAGAUGGUAUUCCACCUGCACCACGUGGAGUUCCAAACAUCGACGUCAAAUUUGACAUUGAUGCCAAUGGAAUACUCUCCGUCACUGCUACUGACAGAGGCACCGGUAAUAAACAAGAGAUUACCAUUACUGGUGCCACUACUUUGCCCAAAGAUGAGGUGAAGAAGUGAAAGAGGUGGAGGCUAGACUUCAAGAGCUUAUGGACAAGAUUGGAAGUGGAUCGACUCAACUCAAGAUAUCAAGGACUCCAUGGCUGCUCUUAACCAACAAGUGAUGCAGAUUGGUCAUUCUAUGUACAACCAAGCUGGAGCUGGUCCUUCUCUCCUGGAGGUGAAUGUGCUUCAUCAGCAGCAGAUUCAUCGUCAAGCAAAGGUGGUGAUGAUGCGAUGGAUGCUGACUUCACAGACAGUAAAUGAGAAAAAGACACACACAUGAUUUUGUAGGUUGGUAUUAUGGGUUGAUUUGAGCAAUGCUUUUGAAAAUAAUUUAUUUUGGAUUAUAAAGAAGCAAUGUUUAUUACAGGGAAUAUUUUCGACCUAUCUAAAGGUAAAAAGAAAAGAAGAGGAAUAAAUAAAAACAGAGGACUUACCAUAUCUUGAAGAAGAGUUAUUAGGUCAUUUAUGGGGGGUCUUAGUGAUAUCUUUAUAAAUAUCUUGUGGAACUUGGUGAUCAAGUUUCAAACUUAUUUCUUCUCUCCUCUGUAUAUAUAUAUAUAUUCUCGAGCUUUUGUAUCACACAAAGAAAGAAGACAAAAGAGAUCGAUAAGAGUGUAAUAUCUACUACAGAAUUCGAAAAAUGUCUUCUGCUCAGAUUAACGUUCUCGGUGGAAUUGGAUUCGCUACUACUAGUUCAUCUUCCAAGAGGAAUCUCAUUGGUAAAGGCUAUUUUAUGCCAAGAAGCAGCGCCUUCUUCGCCAUUAGAAACGGUACUUUCACUACCCUAUCCUAUAGCAGACAUGGCUGUCCGGUGAGAGUGUUCAACGAGAAGGUUGUGGGAAUCGAUUUGGGUACUACUAACUCAGCUGUAGCUGUCAUGGAAGGAGGGAAGCCCAUGAUUGUGACGAACUCUGAAGGUCAGAGGACUACUCCAUCCGUGGUGGCUUACACUAAGAGCGGUGACAGGCUUGUUGGGCAAAUUGCGAAGAGACAAGCAGUUGUUAAUCCAGAGAACACUUUCUUCUCGGUAAAGAGGUUUAUUGGUAGGAGGAUGAACGAAGUUGCUGAAGAGUUUAAGCAGGUUUCUUAUAGAGUUGUUAAGGAUGAGAACGGAAACGUCAAGCUUGAGUGCCCUGCAAUUGGCAAACAGUUUGCAGCUGAGGAGAUUUCAGCUCAGGUUUUGAGGAAACUUGUGGAUGAUGCGUCGAGAUUUUUGAACGAAAAAGUGACAAAGGCUGUUAUCACUGUGCCUGCUUACUUCAACGACUCACAGAGGAUAGCUACUAAAGAUGCUGGCCGCAUAGCUGGGCUUGAUGUUCUUCGUAUUAUCAAUGAGCCUACUGCUGCUUCUUUAGCUUAUGGUUUUGAAAAGAAAAGCAACGAAACAAUUCUUGUUGUUGAUCUUGGUGGUGGUACCUUUGAUGUCUCUCUUCUUGAGGUUGAUGAAGGUGUAUUUCAAGUGCUUUCCACUUCUGUUGACUCACAUUUGGGUGGCAAUGACUUCGACAAGAGAAUUGUAGAUUGGCUUGCUUCAAAAUUCAAGAAAAGCAAAGGCGUCGAUCUUUUGAAAGACAAACAAGCACUUCAGAGGUUGACAGAGGCAGCAGAAAAAGCUAAGAUUGAGCUUUCCUCCCUGACUCAAACAAAGAUUAGCUUGCCAUUUAUCACAUUCACAGCUAAUGGACCGAAAGACCUAGAAACCACCCUCACACGUGCCAAGUUUGAAGAGUUGUGUUCAGAUUUACUUGACAGGUGUAAGACUCCCGUUGAGAAUUCACUAAAGGAUGCAAUGCUGAGCUUCAGUGAUAUUGACGAGGUGAUCCUCGUUGGUGGAUCCACACGUAUCCCUGCUGUUCAGGAGUAG